AUGUGCGACACCCUUAAAGAGGGCCUCAUUCAAGAGUGCGUCACCUGGCGUCACGAAUUCGGCAAAGCGGUUAACCAGCGCUGCGCCCGCGAAAUGGAUGAAGUGCUCGAGUUCUUCGACAACAUGAUGAAACGCUUGUCUCGGCCCAUCAAGGAUCUUGACGAUGUUCGCAUGCACAUGGCUGCACUGGCUGAACUGCGUGAGGCCGAGAUCCGUUUGGACCUGAUGAUCGGCCCAAUCGAGGAGGCCUACGCGAUGCUGGGGCGUUAUGAGCUAUACUUCAAUGACGGGAAUGCAGAACGUGUGGAUGCAUUGGCUUAUGGAUACUCUAAGUUGCGCAGUCAAGCAAGGCAAGUUCAAGACCACCUUCUCGGCAUCCAGCCGCAGUUCGAAGGCGAGCUGAUUGGUGGUGUUCGUGACUUCUUGGCUCAAGUAGAUACCUUUGCAAAGGACUAUUUCGCAAAGUAA